AUGUCGAUCUACUAUGUCGAUCAGCCUUCCAGGCGCUUCAGGAUCCGCGUCCCGGUUCGCCUGGAGGUGGCUAGGGAGGAUGGAUCGUACGUCUUCCCGCACAUAACCGGCCAUUUCAUGGAUGUCAUGAAUCUGAUCCCGUCAGGAUGUGCAGCGGACUCGCCAGAGUUCUCGGGCAUAUACCGCUGUCACUCUGCCGACGUCUCCGAGGCCGUCGAGCAGCUGCUGAAGAGCUUCGUGCGCAAACUCCUGAUGCUAGGAUGCUUGUCGCAGAAUAUGAGCUGGAAGGCAACGUGCAAGGUCGGGUCGGUGAUUCCUUUCGGCGGCCGGAUGCGGGUGGCACCGACGGUCUUAUUCCCUUUGCCGUUUCCCCUGAGCCCGUUCCUGGCCGGUGUUCGCUUUACACCCAGCUUGGUGAGGCUAAUAGACCACGUCAGCUGCAACGAACAAUGGCUGAGCUCGGCGUUGGAGCCACUGCGUGAGGUGGAUCCUUUCAUGGCGCAGCUGCUGGACAUAUGCCGUGACGUCUACCUGUCUGGCAAGCGCCGCCUGCGGGACGACGUGCGUGCCUACAUUACCAGGGCUGACUACCUGCUGCACCUGGCUGAGCUGCAGUCUGCGCCCAGCAACGCGUCCAGCUCGGGCAGGAUGGAGCACUGCCGAACAUGCCACUACGACGUGUGCCUCUGUGAGCUGCGCAACAUCGUCGGGGGCACCAUCGGCAGCAACGCCGGUUUGAUGAGGUCGUUUGAAACGCUGCCAGGCGUGUACAUGAGGAUGGUGGAGGUGAACACGGUAUCGUGCGCCCUGGCCCACCUGUCCGAGCUGGUGUCCCGAGCCCACAGCGACUGCGUGGACGGGAUGCUGCGGCAGCGCCUUGCAAUCGGCAAGAUGGACCACAUGGGCAUGAUCUCCGGGUUCCACAAGCUCCACCUGCAGAAUUCGCCCCUGGGGGGCAUCGUGGACACCCUCGCCACGGCGCACGAACAUUACGUGAAGCGGCACUGCAGCCUCAUGCACGACAUGCCGCCGUGCAUUUUGCAGGUGGUUACGGAGGAGCUCGGCAACUUCUUCGACGUCUACGCUGUGGCGGACGUGCUCGUGGAGAACUACGGCGUCACCGUCAAGGUGGUGACCAUGCGGGAGCUGUGCCGUUGGCGCCGCGAAGGGAGGCUCUUCGUCCAAACCGCUUCAGACUCCCCGGUACACCUGGUGGAGCCCAAGCGCCAGUUCAACCCGGACAGUGAGGGCAAUCCAGGCCGCCUCUUCAUCGCGUGCCCGCCGUUGAACGGCAGCGGCCAGAACGAGGUCAUCGUUAGGGAGGUCAGCGUGAUUUACUAUCGCAGCUGCUAUUCUGACGACGAAAUGUCGUGCGAUCGCGACAGCUGGGACGUGCGACGCUUGUUUGAAUUCUCCGAUGCCGUCAAGGUGCCAUCGGUCCCGGCGCAACUGGCCGGCAGCAAGCGCAUCCAGAUGCUGCUCUGCGACCCCGCCGUCCGGGCGCAGUUGUCAACGGAGGACACGCUGCCGCCAGACGUAUCGCCUACUGGCGCGUCGAUAUCGCCGGUGUCAGCCGCACUGAACACCUUCAGGAGCGUCAACGUACAGCAGGUGGACCCCUCGCUGGACGCCCACGAGGAAAUAGUCAAGGCGGCGAUAGAGGCCCCCGCGGGGUUCGUGCUGAAGUCGCAGGCGGAGGGCGGCGCCGAGCUCUAUACACACGACAAGCUGGCGGAGGUGCUGCGCAACGGCAUGGAAAACGACCGCAGACAGCUCGCCAGAUACGUGCUGAUGCGCCGCAUCAAGCCGCCGGUGCAGCGCGCGGCGUUCGUCAAGGGAACCGAGGAAGAUGGCUUCACGCUUAGCGUCGAGCGCACGGUGACGGAGAUCGGCAUCUACGGCUGCGCCGUCUUCUCAGGGAAGCGCGUUCUCGCGGAGGAAUGCAGCGGCUACCUGGCACGGACCAAGAACGAGUCCACCGCCGGCGGCGGAGUCUGCGCCGGGCACGCUGCAGUGAGCUCUUUAUUGUUCUUCUAA